AUGUCUCACUUCAACAUUUUUUUCACUGGUCGCGAAGAGGCGCUUAACUGCAUCAUGAUCGGAGAAGACUCCUCUCCCCGGUUCUACUGUUUUGAAUCGCAAGCGACCCGCACAGUUCUUUACUCCAACAACAACUACAAAGUUGCUUCACUCCAGUUCAUCCAAGGUGAUCAGCUGGGAAGCGCUACCAUUGGUUCCAGGGUCUAUCCCAUGCGCGAAUUGUUAUCAGCAGGCUCAAGUUCCAGCGCCCGAUGUUUCUACUCUUCCGACGGCAGAAAGUACGAGUGGCGAAGAAUUCCCAACGUUUCGGAUGCGUAUGAUCUCUAUGCUCUCAACCCCCCCGUUGUGCGUGUGGCGGCGUUUCGUAAACACUGCGAAAUCACGUCUAUCGGCCAAUGCAAUGGCUUGCUCCAGUACACCUUCAAUGGGGACCAGCUUCUUGUUUACACCCUGCUCACUUUGGCCUUGAACCGAUGGGUCGAUAAUUCAGCAUAG